UUGUGCGUUGUUACUACAACGAGAAAGUGGUGUCUGCUUCAGCAUUUUGUAAAAGGUGAGGUGAUGUUAUCCUUCGAAUAUCAUAUAAUAAUGCUGGCUGCCAUGGUGAUGAACGCUGCUCCUGUAAUUAGCCAGGAUGUGGGUGGACCCGUGGAGCAGGUGGGCGUGGAUGUGGGCGUGAUGGUGAGUCAGGUGGUGGAGCACCAUCUCAUCGGCUGUCACCUGGUGCUCAUCUCUACUACACCACACUCACACGUCCUGUCCAUUUUGAUCAGACACAUGCGUUUAGCUGUAGAAUCUUGCGUGGUAGUAGACGCAGGAUCAGUGCUCUCCCAGGAUCAGCUGACCCAGGACCACCUCCUGCAGGGAAUCUGGGGAGACGCCAGAACCACCUGCCGGGGACUCCUCUUCGACCUUUCUUCCAACAUUAAUACUCACCUCGUCCUUAGGUUUCUUGUGUCGGCUAAGUUGUGGAAGUUCCCUGAGACGCGGGUGGUGGUUGUGGGUGGGAAGCCAGGAGUGGGGGACGUCCUCCUCCACCAUAUCUUUCGAAACACCGUCCAUGCCCUUUAUCUCGCUUUCUCUGACAUCGCCCCUAACACCCCACCACGCCUGGGUAACUCACGCCUAAGGAAGAGUCUUCCACAAGAAGCAUUAGUAAGUGAGCGUGUGUGGGUGUACAGGCGGUGUCUGUACUGCAACAACGGGGAGGCGGACGUCCAACUUAUCCAAGACUGGAACCUCACCUCAGGCAUCUUCCAAGAUCAGCUGCAGAAUUUCAGAGGCCACAAGAUGCGGGUCGUGUCAGUCCCGGUUUUCCCUUACAUGGACUACGUGCAGAGAAGCGACGUGCGUGGAGGCAUUGUCGAACCCGGAGACUCAAUCGACACAAGACUGAUCCAAAGUUUCUCAGCUGUCCUUAACUUUACCUUUGACAUAUACGGUGAGCCUGACCGUUCCUUUGGUGAUGAGAAGGACGGCAACUUCACCGGAAUGGUCGGCCAACUCCAACGGGAGCAGUCUGAUUUUACCACAGUAAUGGGACCAACAGUAGGGCGCCUUAAGGUGGUCAAGUUUCUCCGGAUGUAUCCUUCUGAUCUGAUGGUUGUGACGUCUCUGAAGCCUUCACUACUGCCAGCACACCUCUCAUUCAUACGUCCGUUCUCAGGAUAUAACGCCAAGGCCCACAUGAGUCUGGAGAGUGAGGCAUCUGUGGCAUCCUGA